UGAUAACCAUGUUCCACUAUGGUUUGCUAAUCUGGUUCACGAUUCCAGCCACAAAUCGACCUGAUACACCGCUCAUGGUGCUCUCAGCGUUUGCAAUCACCGCUCAGUGUGCAAUCACCAUCACACUGAUCUGCAAACUGAAGGCCAAACGACAAAAGUUGUUUAUCAUCAUGUUCUGGAUGGUCUUCGCGAGCCUCGACGCUGUGAUAGUGGUGGUGACCUUUCUGUACUACGAGACCCACCAUGAGCGACAGCUUUUCCUUGGGGAUGCACUGAUAGUGUCCUCGUUUCUUACUUUGGUGACUACUGUGGUGGACAUGAGAGUCCUUCGUCGACCCGAGGAGGUGAAGGAGCUGUCCGUUGUGAACUCUAUCUUGGGCUUUGCUGGUGCGCUUUUCAUGAUGAUAUAUGGUAUCUUGUAGCGUGAAAAACUAAUUUGG